CGACGUUCUCCAACCCCGUUGUGCAUAAUAAUCUGUAUUAAUAAUUCCAUCCAUUCUUUGAAUCCUGAGCCGUCUCUGCAGUCUGCAAGCAUGUCUGUAGCGGGCUUCAAGAAGCAAUUCCACAAAGCCACUCAGAAAGUGAGUGAGAAAGUGGGCGGAGCUGAGGGAACGAAGCUCGAUGAGGACUUUAUGGAAAUGGAAAAGAAGGUGGACGCAACCACCCGGGCAGUCAUGGACAUCAUGACCAAGACGACGGAGUACCUGCAGCCUAACCCAGCCACCAGAGCCAAGAUGAGCAUGAUGAACUCCAUGUCUCGCAUGCGCGGUCAGGAGAAGGGACCCGGCUACACUCAGACAGAAGCCAUCUUGGGAGAGUCCAUGCAGCGUUUCGGUCGCGAGCUCGGCGAAGAGUCCAAUUUUGGCCUGGCUCUGAUCGACGCCGGCGAGUGCAUGCGCGAGCUCGCCGAGGUUAAAGACGCCCUGGACAUGGAAGUCAAGCAGAACUUCAUCGACCCGCUGCAGAACCUUCACGAGAAAGACCUCAAGGAGAUCCAGCAUCACCUGAAGAAGAUGCAGGGCCGGCGUCUGGACUUUGACUACAAGAAGAAACGGCAGGGCAAAGUGACGGAAGACGAGCUCAAGCAAGCGCUGGAGAAGUUUGACGAAUCCAAGGACAUCGCCGAGCUCAGCAUGUUCAACCUGCUGGAGAGCGACAUCGAGCAGGUGAGUCAGCUGUCGGCGCUCGUCCACGCUCAGGUGGAGUAUCACACCCGGGCGUCCGAGAUCCUCACGCAGUUGUCUGGUAAAAUCGACGAACGGAUAAAAGAUUGUUCUCACAAGCCUCGCAAAGAGUACGUCCACAAGCCUCGCACCACUCUGGACUUCUCCUCCGUCAGCGAGAACCACAACGGAGGCAUCCAUGGCGCUCGUUCUCCGGGAGCGAGGUCACCAGCUCGAUCCCCAGCCCCCAUGGACCAGCCAUGCUGCCGCGCCCUCUACGACUUCGACCCCGAAAACGAGGGCGAGCUCGGCUUCAAGGAGGGCGACAUCAUCACCUUGACCAACAAGAUCGACGACAACUGGUACGAGGGGAUGCUGCACGGCAACUCGGGCUUCUUCCCCAUCAACUACGUGGACAUCCUGGUGCCCCUGCCGCACUAGAGCGCCACCUGCUGCUCGUCGCUGUAACGCAGUCACGGCCACGUAAGAAAUCAACAAAUGAAAACAUCUCUUCCCCGAAACGACCCGAUUGAACCCAGCCUGCUGCAAACUGCUUAAUGCAACAAUAAAGCACCGGGCGGCCUGCGGCAUAGUUUCAACUCUGCAUCCGUGUGGUAGUCACCCCCCCCCCCCCUCACCCCCCCCCCUCCACUCCACCAUCCCACUUUAUGUCCGUUGCUGUACUUUGUGAACGUCCGCCCCAGUAGAUAGAAUUUUCUCUAAAAAAAUAAAACAUUGUGUGCAUUAUAUUUGUUAGCGAUCAAAAAAGUAGAUCAAAAGAAGGUGUUUGGCACCUAUUCAACAUCUUCCCUUGCAUUAAAAAAAAAAAAAAAAAGUUGGGUUUGCAAUCCCUUUGUUUGUGUUUUUCUGUUUGUACUUCUUUUUGAUUUGGGACUGCAGUGUCUCAGCAUGUUGUGUAAAAUGGGGUUCAGAUACCAAAACGAGCGAACAAAAAAAAAAAUCAUUUGCAAUCUCUUUUAUUUUUGCAUGUGGGGCGGAACAGUAUCUAUGUAUGUGAAAUUCCACGUCCGAGCCAGUGAUAAGUGAUCACUUGAUUUUCCGAAAGAUGAAAGUUAUGCCGUAACAUGUGGUCGCUCCGUAUGAAAUGAAAAAGUAUUUGGUAAAUCGGUAAAGAUAAUAUUUUAACUCGCCCCCCCC